AUGGCAAACCCCUUCGCCCCGGCGGCGGCCUCCCCGUUCGGCGCGGCGCAACCAGCUUCCCCUUUCGGCGCCACUUCCGCCUUCGGCGCGUCCGCGACUCCCGCCAGUCCGUUCGGCCAAGCGGGCACAUCACUCUUCGGCGGGGGGGCGGCGACGGGGAGCGUGUUCGGCGCGACUUCUGCGCCCGCCUUCGGCGCGACUUCCACGCCUGCGUUCGGCGCAGCUGCGUCAACUCCCGCGUUUGGGUCCACGGCUUCACCUUUUGGCGGCGGCUCGUCGCUGUUCGGGCAGCAGCAGAAGCCAGCAGCCUUCGGCACGUUUGGGCAAACUCAGGCCAGUCCCUUCGGCGCGCCCGCCUUCGGCCAGCAGUCGCAGCCCGCGUUCGGAGCAGGCGGAGCGUUCGGCUCUACCGCCACCACGCCCACCUUCGGCGCCGCCACCGGCGCCGCGCCCGCGUUCGGCGCCGCCGCUCCCGCCUUCGGCGCGUCCGCGCCCGCGUUCGGCGCGACCGCGACGACGCCCGCGUUCGGCGCGGCGAGCGCGCCGGCGUUCGGGGCGACGGGCGGGCUGUUCGGGUCGACGGGCACGUCCGCUUUCGGCGCUGCGUCCGCGCCUGCUUUCGGCAGCCUCUCGUCGCCCAGCUUCGGAGCAUCAGCACCUGCGUUUGGAGCAACCACGUUCGGAGCCACACCCUUCGGAGCGGCAGCAGCAGCAGGCACAGGCAGCCGCAACCCCCCCUACGCGCCAACCAACGACACAGAAACCGGCACAGCGGGCCAGCUCGGCAAAUUCAUCUCCAUAUCAGCCAUGCCAGCCUACAAAAACAAGAGCCCGGAGGAGCUCCGCUGGGAGGAUUAUCAGAGGGGAGACAAGGGCGGGCCGGCACCAGCACAGGCAGGAGGAGGCCUCUUCGGCCAGCCAGCAGCAGCGGCGUCUCCGUUUGGUGCUGCUGCUGCUGCCCCGGCUUUUGGUUCCGCACCUGCGAACCCGUUCGGCCAGGCGUCCACGCCGAGCCUGUUCGGCUCGGCAGCUCCGGCGUUUGGCGCGGCCGCAUCCACGCCCGCGUUCGGCGCGUCAACCUCCCCGUCCAUCUUCGGCUCGUCUACUCCGGCCUUUGGCGCUGCGUCCUCCCCGGCAUUCGGAGCCACUGGCGGGUCUCUCUUCGGUGCUGCUGGCGCCACUGCGAGCAGCCCGUUCGGAGCAGCAGCAGCAUCCACGCCGUCUCUCUUCGGCUCGCCUGCUGCUGCCACCGCCUCCCCCUUUGGCGCGUCCACUGGCGCGUCUCUCUUCGGAGCGACCACAGGGGCGGCGGGUCAGCCAGGGGCGUCUCUCUUCGGCGCCUCUUCCCCCGCUUUCGGUGCCAGUGCGUUUGGGACUCCCGGUGCUGCUGCUGCUACCCCGGCGUUUGGUGCCACGCCGUCACUGUUUGGGACCGGAGCAGCCACGGGAGGAGGGCUUUUUGGAAGCUCCACGCCUGCUGCUGGCUCGACCGGGCUUGGGUUCGGGUUUGGCACGGCCGGGGCUGCUGGUUCGGCGCCGGGGUUUGGUGCGGGAGGGUCGCUGUUUGGAGGGGCGGCGGGAGCGGGCGGCACGACUGGGGCGGGGUUGUUUGGCGCGUCCACUGGGUCGGCGUUUGGGUUCGGAGGGGCGUUUCAGACCAAGCCUGCUGGACUCACUCAGUCUUCGGCGUUCCCCUCGUUUGGAGGGCUGGGAGCAUCGACGACCACGCCUGGCUUUGGAGCAUCACAGCCGGCCUUCGGCGGGGGGCUCUUCGGCUCCACCCCUCAGCUGGGCUCCUCUCCCUUCGGCACCUCCCUUGGAGCGACCGCUACAGGAGGCUUGUUCGGACAGUCGCAGCAGCAGCAACAGCAGCAGCAGCAGCUCCAGCAGCAGCAGCAGCAGCAGCUGCUGCAGCAGUUGCAGCAGUCGGGACUGCUCCAGUCGCCCUUUGGUGUGCUGCCUGCCAUGCCCAACUUCGGCCUCAGUGUUUCUGCUGGCGUUGGAGUCAGAGCCAGCACGGAGCUUGGCAUUUCCAGCAUGCCUGCAUCGGACCGCUAUGCAUCGGGAACGCGCGUGUCCUCCAUCCUCACGCCGCGCCGCAUCACCCCGCGCACGCGUGCACGCAUGCACCAUCCUGCUACGCGCCACUUCCACCCCGGGCGUGACACAGCCCGCGUGCCAUUCUUCUUCUCCUCGCCCGCCGACCAUGACGACAUCUCCCCCGCCGUGCCGCGCGCCGACGCCCUCUUUGUCCCCCGCGACAACCCCCGCGCCCUCUUCAUCCGCCACCCCGUCGCCCCCGCUGCUGGUGCGGACGCGAGCCCGAACGGAAAGAGCCCUGCUGCUGGGGGGACGCCAGGGAAGUCAGGCUCGCCUGUGAGAGGCGGAGGAGGGGUGGGGGGGUCGCCGCAGGGAUCAGACUACCAGUCGCCCCCUUCAGGGGCUUCUCCCCGGGAUGCUUUCUACGCUCCUUCCGCUCCUCCCUACGAUUCCUCUGACCUGAAUGGCAAUGGGGGGUCUCAGUCCCCCAGGAGCCCCUCUGCUGCCCGCGCUGGAGCCACAGGCGGAGGGUUUGGGUCCGCCAUGCCAUCCCCCACUCUCUCCCCUGCCUGGAACGGCUCCUUCUCCCCGCCCUCCCCCUCGCGCGGCACUGCCACCGGUGCGAAAGGUCCCGGGAUCGAAUCCCAGCUGCCGCAGUUAAAAUCCGCGGAUUAUUUCACCGAGCCGUCGCUCUCCGCUCUAGCUGCACUUGAACGAUCCCUCCCAGGGUCGCUGGCGCGUGUGAGGGAUUUCGUGGUGGGGCGGAAGGGGUUUGGGAGCGUGCGGUUUCUGGGCGAGACGGACGUGAGGGGGCUGGAUGUGGAGGCGAUAGUGCAGUUUCACAAGUGCGAGAUUCUGGUUUAUAUGGACGAGCAGAGCAAGCCGCCGGUGGGCGAGGAGCUGAAUAAACCCGCGGAGGUGACGCUGCUGCAGGUGGUGUGCGUUGAUAAGAAGACCGGCAAGGCGGUGACAGAGGGACCCGAGGUGGAGAGGUUUGAGCGCAAGCUGCGGCGCAAGACAGCGGAGCAGGAGGCGGAGUUCCUCUCUUUCAACGCCGCCAAGGGCGAGUGGCGCUUCAAGGUGCAACACUUCAGCCGGGUGUCUGUGCCACCUGGCGGCGUGUCACUGGACCGGGCGCUGCCAGCUCAGCUGGGGAUUGACCCAAUCAGGCUGCAGCAGAUGCGCCACGUCAUGUUCGGCUGUGGUGCAGGCGACGAUGAUAAUGGUGAUGACGGCGAGGGGUACAAUGGUGGGUUAGGGAGCGGGAUAGGUGGGGAGGAGGGGGACGGAGAGGUUUUGCAGAGUGAGGAGGAAGGGGAGGAGGGGGAGAAGAGCGGUGAAGAUGAGGAGAUGGAGGGGGAGGAGAAGGGCGGGAGAGAGGGGGGGAGAGAGGAGGGGAGGGAGUGGGUGGGGCGACGGCUGGUGUGCAGCCGGCAGGGCGGCAGCCUGGCCUCCCUGUGCAGCCGCUACAGCUCCCUGGCUGUAGCGGCUGCUGACGCCCUUGCUGCUGCCCGGGCAAAGGCUGGGCAGGGGCGGGUUGUAUCUGGGGUGGGGCGGGUUGUAUCUGGGGUGGGCGUAUCUGAGCGGCAGCUGCAGCACGAGCAGGCGGUUUGGCAGCUUGUGGACGUGCUGUUCUCUGAUUGGCAGGGCAGGAGGCGCAGUGACGUCAUGCAGGGGUCUGGAGGGGUGGAGAUGGGUGGAGAGUUUGAGGGAGGUGCUGGCGAUGGGUCAGGUGAAAAGGCAGGUGGUGGUUCAGGUGGGAAGUCUGGGGAUGGGUCGAUGGAGGAGGAAGAGGAGGAGAGGGAUGGGGAGGUGGAGGAUGGGUAUGGGGCGAUGGAGGGGAUGAGUGGGGGUGCGCAGCGGAAUGGGAUGGAGCAAGGUGAAAGGGUGAAGGGGGUACGGGAGGAAGCAACACUGAACAGGCGUCUGUUUGCAGAUGAUGAUGGAGAAGAGGAGGAGGAGACUCAAGGAGGCGCCGCCGCUGGUGCGGCUGGUGCUACUAGACAGCCACAGUGGAUUGGAGGGUCGGCAAACGUUGAGGAGGAAGAGAGGGGGAGUGAGGAGGAGGAGGAGGAGGAGGAGGAGGAGGAGCAGGAGGGAGUGACCGAGGAGGAGGAGGUGGAGGAGGAGGAGGAGGAGGAGGAGGGUGAUGAGGAUGAAGAGGAGGCAGGGGAGGGGGAGCAGGAGGAGUAUGAUGAGGAGACAAUGGCAUUGUUCCGCAGAGCGGAGUUCGGCGCAUGGCUGCAGGGUGUGGUGGCACCCGCCAUCGUGCACGAGCUCAACUCCCUCGCCACUGCCACCACCGCUGCCAACCCCAACACCUCAUUCAACACUUUCACCACCAAUUCCACUGCCGCUACUACCACUAUGCGUGCUGAAACCGCUGCUGAAGAUGCUGCAGCGCUGCCUCUGCGCGUGGCCUUUACCGCGCUUACAGGCAUGCAGGUGGAGACGGCUGUGGGCGCGGCUGCUCUCACAGGGGACGUGCGUCUCGCCGCCCUGCUCGCCCUUGCCCACUCCGCCCCCGCUGCCACGCGCGCCGACGCCGCCCGCCAGCUGGCGCUCUGGGAGAGGCUGGCGGGCGGGAAGGGAGACAGGGAGGGGGCUUCGAGAGGAGAGGCGGUUUCGUUGGAAAAAUUGGCGGAAGGGGCGUUGGUGAGUGUUGAGAGGCUGAGGCUGCUGCGGCUGGUGGGAGGGGAUGUGACUGGGGCGCUGGAGGGGAGACCGUUGGACUGGAAGAGACACCUCGGGCUGCUCAUGUGGUUCGGCAUGCCCCCAGCCUCGCCGCUAGGCUCGGUGAUUGGGGAGUUUAGGAGGAGAGUGAGGGUUGGGAGGGUGCCGAGGGCGAUUCCGUGGUACGAGGAGACGAUUGGGGUGGAUGGGGGAGAGAGGGCGGAGUGGGAGCGGAUUGGGGGAGGGACGGGGGGAGGUGAGAGGAGGAGGAAGGAGAAGGGAGAGGAGGAGGGAGAGGAAGGAGUUGAGGAUUCCAUAGGAGCAGUGCGGGCCAAUGAGGUGCUGCCAGCUGUGCACAUGGACUACGUGGCGCAGCUGCUAGCGGCCAACCAGCCCCACUGGGCGCUCUACUGCCUUCAGCACGUCCCGCCUUGCCGGAAGCUUCCGCGGUGGGCCCUGGAGCGCGCAUUCAGGGAGGUGCUGGCGGUGUCGUGCCCGGUGUGGGCGGCCAGUGAGGCGCAGCGCAGCUUCAUUGAGGGGCAACUGCUUGUGCCUCGCUCUUGGAUGUGUGCUGCUCAGGCGGUGCACCAUCGCUACGAGGGAAGAAGCGGUGACGAGCUGCAGUGCCUACUGGGCAGCUUCCAGUGGGACCGCGCCCACCAGCUUUUCAUGAACCACCUGGGACUCGGCUGCCUGGAUUCUGGCAGUCUGCCCGUUUUUCCCUGUCUCCCUGCAAGUGGCCAGCAACAUUUUUCUCAAGUCCAGCGGUGGGCGGAGGUGCAGCAGCUGAUGGAGGGGUUGGAGACACAUGGGAAGGCCAUUUACGGGUGGAAAGAGGGCGGGCGGCUGCUUUUGGACUACAUGCACCUGUCUGCCACCCUGGAAGGACAGGCGAUUCUGCCGACCGAAGAGCUGAAAGUGUCAGUGGCUGAUGGGGCAGAGGCACUCUCGGAGUUCUCUCAGCGCACAGCCCAGUCUCUCCACACCUUCCCCCAUGAUGCUGCCCGCCUGCGCAUGGUGUAUGCUCGCAUGCUUGACUCGCUCUCUCGCUCCUUCCUCACUCACACAGCAGCCGCCACAGCUGCUGCCGAUGAUGAAGCAGCAGCAGCAGCAGCAGCAGCAGCAGCAGCAGAAGCAGCAGCAGCAGCAAGCCCCUCUGCUCCCCUAGAUGCAGCGCUAGCCACCUCUGCCCUCCCUACCCUCCCUCGGGAUUCCCGCCUCGCUUUCACGCGCGAGGCGGCGUCAGAGCUCGCCAGCUGGCUUGCUGAGGUGGCACCCGUGCAAUAG